AUGACAGAGAACUUUCAAACUGAUGAAAUCACCAAGAGUGACACACAAUUUACUGUUGAUGAUUUGAAAUAUGGAAACUCACAAGCAGGUGAUGGAUCUCGCUUUCGUCGACGAGGCUUCUUUGGUCUUCGAGGAAGAGUAAUGUAUCAAAGACUACAAGAGACGAUGCCACAAUAUUCAAGUCUAACCAAUCCAGAGUUAGUAGCAUUGACACAAAAUGCGAUUGCAAUUGCAUCAAAACGAUGGAUAAAUCCUGAUUUGAUGAACGAACCACCUUUAACACGUUAUGCUGAUGGUUCAUUUUAUGGAUUUUCAAUGUUAUGGUAUAAAUUGAAUGGAGAUAUCGAGCAACUAUCCAUUGGUACGAAAUACUAUUCAAUAUUUCUUCGUCAACUACAAUGUGGCGGUGAUCUGUAUUCUGGAGAAGGAUCAAAAUGUCAAUAUAAUGCUACACAUCAAGGAACAUGUUCAGUAGGUUGUAUUAAAGGCUUGGGAGAUUCAAGCACCUAUUGUGGCUGCACUGGUUCAGAGAGUAAACAAUGUCCGAGCAGUCCAAAACACAUUCUAUGCUGUUUAGAUACAUGUUCACAAGACUUAAAAAUGGAUUUAGGUAUUGUUCUCGAUGCAAGUGGUAGUGUUGGUGAGAGUAAUUAUCAGCUCCAGCUAAAUUUUACAAAAGAUUUAAUUCAACGUGUCAAUGUUGGCUCAAAUAAAACUCGCGUAGGAAUUAUUAAUUAUUCUACGGACAUUCAGACGCUAACAUGGUUGAAUAAAGAUUAUAGUCUUGUAGAUAAACUUCGAUUGGUGAAUCAAGCGGUAUAUUAUGGACAAGGUACAAGAACUUCCCUUGCUCUUCAACAGGCCGAUGAAGUUUUUUCCUAUAAAAGUGGUCGUCGAAAAUCAGAAGAAGGUGUGACACCUGUAAUAUUUGUAAUUACUGAUGGAGCAAGUGAUAAUGAAACUUUGACAAUACAAGCAGCGAAUGUUUUAAAACAGAAAGGUAUCAUUUUGGUGAGUGUCGGCGUUGGUAAUGGACCGAAACUUAGCGAAUUGCACGCUAUAUGUUCAUUACCAAUACAUGAGAACUAUUUUGUCAUCUCGAAUUACACUGCUCUUGAACAAAAGCUAAAUCAGUUCACAUCUAAAUCAUGUUCAGAGCCAACAUUUCUUUCCUCGAAUGCAACUGUAACGGCAGGCGUUAAUAAAGACAAAUAUAAAUUUCUCAAAAUUGAAAUUAUUGCAAUCGGUAACAAAAUUUUGAUAACUGCUAUACUGGCCAAAGGUGAUGUGAAAUUAUUUCAUUCAUUUACAAAUCGUAAUCCAAAGGAUCCUGCUGAUUUCAUUGAUUAUGAAACUACACGUGAUCUCCCUCUAUCGCGAUGGAUGCAGUUCAAAUCAUAUUUUCAUCGAUCGUCAACGACACCACUCACAACUAAAAAAGAAUUACGAAGAAUUGAUUGUUGA